AUGACAGGAAGCCGGAAUUCCCGCGGGAUUCAGUUCCCGCUGUCCUCCGUCCAAGGCCUCUCAAAAAUCACAAGCAGCUUGUACAUCAGCAAUGGUGCGGCAGCCAACAACCAGCUUAUGCUUUCGAGCAGCCAGAUAACGACGGUCAUCAAUGUCUCCGUGGAGGUGGUGAACACCUUCUAUGAAGACAUCCAAUAUAUUCAGGUGCCGGUGGCGGACACACCCAGCUCUUGCCUCUAUGACUUUUUUGACCCUAUUUCUGACCACAUCCACAGUGUGGAGAUGAAGCAGGGCCGCACGCUGCUGCACUGCGCCGCUGGGGUGAGCCGCUCUGCCGCCCUCUGCCUCGCCUAUCUGAUGAAGUAUCACUCCAUGUCUCUCCUCAACGCCCACACAUGGACCAAGGCCUGCCGGCCCAUCAUCCGCCCCAACAACGGCUUUUGGGAACAACUGAUCCAUUAUGAAUUCAAGCUGUUUAGCAAGAACACCGUGCACAUGAUCAGCUCCCCCGUGGGUGUGAUUCCUGACAUCUAUGAAAAGGAGUUCCAUUUCAUGAUUCCAGUGUAA